GCCACCGCUACCGCCGCGGGCCGGACCGCCGUGCGCCCGGCGUGCGCGUGGGAGAGAGCGCGGCCGCCUGUGCCGGCGCCGCCCCGCUGCCGUCUGUCCGCCUCAGCCUCGCGCGCUCAGCGGCGGCCGGUCUCUGGACUACAAUGAAAAGAAGAAACAGAUACUAGGAAUAUUUUUUAUAACAGCUAUUUGGUUUUUUUCUCAAAGUCACUGCUGCCUUCUGAACUAUUGCGGAAGAAGAUUCGGUAACUGAGAGGCCACCGUGGAGCUGCUGGAAACUGUUACAGAAGGAGCACCUCUCAAACCGUGCUUCAGGCUCUGAAAGGAGCACAGGGGAAGCUUAACUUAUACGUCUUGCUUUGGAUCCAAGCAAAUACUGUCGGAGCGAUGAACUGGGACUUUGUGUGCGGACUCCUGGCUUGAUCUUGAUAGGAUUGGGUGUAUGUUGUUGGAGCGGGCAGGCCAAGAGGCCCUGAGACCUACAGGUGCCGUCUGUAUGGAGAAAAGCUGCUGUAGUCCAUUUCCAGUGUGUUGGGCUAAAGAAUAUGACAGAUACCUAGCAUCUAGCAAAAGAAUGGCAGCUGCUUAUCUUGACCCAAACUUGAAUCAUACACCAAGUUCAAGUUCUAAGACUCACCUGGGUACUGGCAUGGAACGGUCCCCUGGUGCAAUGGAGCGAGUAUUAAAGGUCUUUCAUUAUUUUGAAAGUGGUAGUGAGCCAACCACCUGGGCCAGUAUUAUCAGGCAUGGAGAUGCUACUGAUGUCAGGGGCAUCAUUCAGAAGAUAGUGGACAGUCACAAAGUAAAACACGUAGCCUGCUAUGGAUUCCGCCUCAGUCAUCUGCGAUCGGAGGAAGUUCACUGGCUGCAUGUGGAUAUGGGAGUCUCCAGUGUGAGGGAGAAAUACGAACUUGCUCACCCACCAGAGGAGUGGAAAUAUGAAUUGAGAAUUCGUUACUUGCCAAAAGGUUUUCUAAACCAAUUUACUGAAGAAUAAGCCGACAUUUGAAUUUAUUCUAUCAACAGGU